UCGUCCGGCACAAAUAUAGUGCUAUUUGUGACCGUUGACCUUUAACCUCCAAGGCAGUCGUGGACGUGGAGAUGUUGUGAUACGUGAUCGGUUUUAAUACAAUUUUCGCUUCAAAGCAACUUUCAUGAAGACAUCAUGUUCACGUUGUUGCACGGUCUGUGGAAGUACCUGUUCCAGAGAGAUGAAUACUGUAUCCUCAUCUUGGGGCUUGAUAAUGCAGGCAAGACGACAUUUCUGGAGCAAACCAAGAUCCAGUUCACACGAAACUACAAAGGAAUGAACUUGAACAAAAUCACAAGCACAGUGGGACUCAAUGUUGGAAAGAUUGAUGUGGGUUCGGUCCGGCUGAUGUUCUGGGAUCUGGGUGGGCAGGAGGAGUUGCAGUCCCUAUGGGAUAAGUACUAUGCAGAGUCACAUGGUGUCAUUUACAUGAUAGACUCUGAUGACAGGGAAAGGUUACCAGAGUCCAAACUUGCCUUUGACAAGAUGCUUGGCAGUGAAUCAUUGGAAGGUGUCCCACUCCUUGUAGUGGGCAACAAACAAGAUAUUGAGAAUUGUAUGACAGUUGCAGAUAUAAAAGAUGUUUUCAAUGAGAGUGCACCUCGGAUAGGCAAACGGGACUGCUUGGUGCAACCAGUGUCAGCUUUGCAAGGGACUGGGAUCAAUGAGAGCAUUGAAUGGAUGGUUCAGUGUGUCAAGAGGAACAUCCACAGACCACCCAAACGGAGUGACAUCACCUGACAAUGGUCCCCAUACUUCUCCAGUUCUACACAUCUGUCCUAAGUGAAUCCUGAUGAGGCCAUUACUACUUACCACUCCCUUGACUAGGUAUUGUCCUUCUGCAUGUGACAGGAUAAAUAAAAAAGGCAACUCCUUUUUGUGGAGUAUUAUAUAGACAGAUACAUUUACCAUCAGGAUACAUGUAUACAUAGUUUGGCAGAGUUGACACUUCUAGCUGCCUGCUGCUGCCAUCUAUUGAAUUGCAACCCAAAAAAUUAUCUUUUGGAAAGUC